AUGGGGGAGACGUCGCGGACCGCGGGCGCCAGCGGCCUGCUCCCUCUGGAGAGGCAGCUGCAUGAGGCUGCCAGGCAGAACAACGUGUGCAGGAUGAAGGAGCUGGUGGCCAGGAAAGUGAACGUCAGGGCCAGAAACCACGAGGGCAGGGUAGCCCUGCACUGGGCCGUGGCCGCUGGACACGAGGAGGCGGUGCAGCUGCUACUGGAACGAGCGGCAGCCGUGGACGACGAAGAUGUGUUCGGAAUGAAUGCGUUGCUUUUGGCUGCCUGCUAUGGCCACUUGCAUAUCCUGCAGAUCCUGGUCAGUUCUGGAGCCAACAUCCACUGUGAGAACAAGGACGGCCUGGGCCUGCUGCACUGUGCCGCGCAGAAGGGCAACCUGCCGGUGCUGACCUUCCUCAUGGAGGACCUGGGGGGGCUGCCCCUGGACGCCACUGACAAGCUCGGCAGGACCCCGUUCCAGCUGGCGGCGGAAGCUGGCCACCUGCAGGCAUUGAAUUUCCUCGUGGACCUGGGCUGCGACCACAAUGUCAAGGACAAGGAGGGGAAUACGGCCCUGCACCUGGCUGCCGGCCGGGGCCACACGGCUGUGGUGCAGAGACUUGUGAACCUUGGGCUGGGGCUGGAGGAGUGUAAUCAGGAUGGCAUGACAGCCCUGCACAUGGCCGUGGAAGGGGUGCAUCUGCUGUGCGUGCGUCUCCUUCUCCGCGCGGGGAGCAGCGCCAACGCCCUCACUCAGAAGCAGUGCAGCUGCCUCCACUACGCAGCCCUUUGCGGCUCCAAAGACGUGGUCCGUGCCCUCAUCCAGGCGGGAGCCUGCACCAACCUGGCUGAUCACAGGCAGCAGACGCCCCUCCAUGUUGCUGUGGAACACGCCAGGCACGAUAUCGCGGAGAUGCUCCUCCUCGCUGGAGUGGACUUAGACCUGCGAGAUAAGCAAGGGAAGACUGCCCUGGCUGCGGCCGCUCGCAGCAACCACGUCAGCCUGGUGGACAUGAUCAUCAAAGCUGAACGAUUCUACAGGCGGGAACAGGAUCGCCUCUCGUGCAAGGACCCUGCCGACCCCGCUGAGAAGACUGUGACCUUUAAGUCAGACUUUCGGCCGGAAAUGCGCCCGCUUCGCUUUGUGCUGUGGCAGCUGGCCUCCAAACACCUACAGCCAAACGAAUGGAAGCAGCUUGCGGACUGGUGGGGGUUCACGGAGCCCCAGAUUCAUGCCAUUGAGCAGCAGUGGACAGGCACCAAGAGCUACCAUGAGCAUGGCCACCGGAUGCUGCUCAUCUGGCUGCACGGGGUGAGCACCGCCAACGAGAACCCCUGCAAAGCGCUGUUCGAAGGCCUUAUGGCCAUUGGCAGGAAGGAGCUGGCAGAAAACAUCCGGAAGAAAGUGAACGCAGAGCCACGGGCCCCCAGGAGAUGCUUGGCCAUGUGACCCGGAGCACUGACCAGGGCACAGAAGAGGACAAACACUUAGGGGCUUUUCAG